AUGGGUGAAGAGUUUGUAGCAUGGGAGAGGGCUGCUUGUGGGAGCUACUUAUGGCAUAAGAAAGAGGCUGUUAUGAGGGCUACUUAUGGCUUGAAAGAGGAGUUGGAGCACACAAAGGAGCUAAAGGUAUGGGUUGGAAUGGCUUAUCAAAGGAAGGGGUCAGUUAUAGAAAGGUUUCGGGGUGGUUAUGAUGGUUUUUGUCAAGGAAAGAAAGAGAGGAAAGGGGCUGCCAUGGAGGAACUUUAUGGGUGA